CCGCUUCCGGUGUCCCUGUACAACCAUGGCUGCUGCCGCCGUUGCUGCUGGAGCCGGGGAACCCUUGUCCCCGGACGAAUUGCUCCCGAAAGGUGACGUGGAGAAGACUGAAGAGGAACUGGAAGAGGACGACGACGACGAGCUAGAUGAGACCUUGUCGGAGAGACUCUGGGGUCUGACGGAGAUGUUCCCGGAAAGGGUCCGGUCCGCGGCUGGAGCCACUUUUGAUCUCUCCCUCUUUGUGGCUCAAAAAAUGUACAGGUUUUCCAGGGCCGCCUUGUGGAUUGGGACCACUUCUUUUAUGAUCCUGGUUCUUCCUGUUGUCUUUGAGACUGAGAAGUUGCAAAUGGAGCAACAGCAGCAACUGCAGCAGCGGCAGAUACUUCUAGGGCCUAACACAGGGCUGUCCGGAGGAAUGCCAGGGGCUCUACCUUCACUUCCUGGGAAGAUCUAGAUUGUUUCUGCUAUAUUUGAGCUGUCUUGGUGGGAGAAAUUUGAAAUUCAAUAGUAUUGGAACUGCUAUUAUUUGGAUUUUUUUUUUUAAACUUUGGCACACUGAUCUGUCUAAACCUGGGGGUGGGGAAAUUCUCCCCACAUUGUCUCACGGAAAGUCUGUCAGCUUGCAACUGUGCCCUCCACACUAUCCUGACUUACUUCUUCUGUCUUCACUCUGAUACCAGAGUGCAACCAUGCACAUGGUUAUUCCAGCUCUGGCCACUCACCCCUCUCACGGAAUUGCUCCUAACUGGAAGAUCUCACUAUCCCAUUGUGGGGUAGGAACUGAUGCCAGUGGGAGGGAUGUAUCCCUGACCAUUAGCGACUUUUUGUUUUCUUUUAAAGAAUGGCGAUGUCAGGGAGGGACAUGCACACAAUAUGAAACAGGCAGAACACAUUACAACUGUAAUGUAAAGCGGCCACUAUGAAUCCCUAUAUAUGCUGGAGAGGAGGAAGGCCGGCUGCGGCUUCAGCCACAGGAUGGGGACUGUGGAGGACAGAGCAGGAGCUCAUUUCCUCUGCACAUUUUGGCUAUUAGACCUGUGUUAAAAAAAAAAAAAAAAAAAAAAACAAAAAAAACCAGUGCUCACUUUUUGUAUUUAAAUAUUAAAAAUGAUUCCAACUGAAA